AAUACUUACAUUGGAUUACCUUUGAAUUAUGAACUGGUGAACCUUAAAUUAAAGCGUUAAAUCCCUCACAAAAAUAUUAAAAGUAGGCUUUAAGAAGAGCUUCCAUUAAAAGAUAUAGUUUUACUUUUUAAAACCCAGUAAACACUCACCAAAUACAUUUGCUUUUUUUUUUUACUGAUAUCCAAAAAUGAAGAAAUCUACAAAGAAAAACAAACAGGAGAACCUGGUGUUCCACCGCGACUGUAUAGCCGAUUCCGACAAUUCUCUAUAUUCGGAUGACUCUGAGGAGGAGGAAGAGGCCACCGAGGAGCAAUCUUCCGCCAUUCGGGAGAUUUCCUGGGAGGAUUUGAAGCGCGAAAUGGGUGAAAUGAAUCGAACGCUGGACGACAUGCAGAUGCGCUUGGCCAUCGAUCCCUACGGUCGGGACUUGAAUUUGGAGCGUGAAAGGGAUGCGGAAAUGGGUCUGGAGCCGGAGGACACCCGCUGGAUGAUCCUGCACGGCAGCAAGGAUCCCCCAGUGAGGGAGUUGCAGCUGAACAACCUUCGCAUUCGCCGGCAGUUGGAUGCACUGAUUCGCUGUUCGGAGCUGGGAAGCGGACGACUCCUGGCCCUGGAUCGCCUGUUCACCCGGCAGAGGGAGACGCUGGUGGAGCGCCGCAAGGAGCACGAGCAGGUGUUGUCCUUCCACCUGACCAAACAGUUGGAGGCGGGCAAGUGCCUUCAGCGGUAUCGAUAUGCCCGCGACUUGUACGCCAGUUGGCGGGAGCUCUUCAACAUGGGUCGCCAUCUGAAGGAGGCGUUCAAGAAGUACCUCGCCCGCUCCCAAUCCCGCAUGCAGUACCGGGACCUGAAGAAGCGGGCGCUCGAGGAGAUCGCCGCCGCACACGAGACCUGUCUGGGUUCCUCGAAGGCUUUGAUUUCCCGCGUUCGCGAGUUGGAAAUGGGUUUGGCCCCACUGGGAUUCUAUCGUCCCUCGGUUGGAUCCCGCCUUCUUGGCAGCGUCGUCUCGGCCGGAGUGGCAACCGCCGAGAUGCAUCGCAUGGAGGAGCGGCCCGGUCGUCCUGUCAUCGUGAUGGCCAAUCGAUGGCAGCGGAGGUCCCUUCGCACAGUGAAAUUCACCCGGGGGGAUCUGCUCACCAUUCCGGUGGCUGUGCCUCCAGUGGAAAGCACCUGGUACGGCAAGAUGCAGAACAUGCUCCUCCACCCUCCCAAGCUGUUCUAGUGCUCUCUUGGGAGGUGGCACUAAAUUCUGUGUUUCCAGCAUCGAAAAUGUGGUUUCAAAGCUCUUGAUUAGCCACACAAAAGUAUGCUAUUAAAUAUUUACUUUGUGAUCAGAUCGAUGUGAAUACGAAAUACUUUACUCUUAACUAGAGGUACUAAUAUUUGCUUGGAGUGUAAUUCAACAUAGUGAUAAAUGUAGAUCUAUUAUUUCGUUAA